AUGGAGGAGUAUAUAGAGGGGUAUAUGGAGGGGUAUAUGGAGGAGUAUAUGGAGGGGUACAUGGGGGGGUACAUGGAGGGGUAUAUGGAGGGCUAUAUGGAGGGGUUCCUGGAUGGGCACAUGGAAGGCUGUAUAAAAGGGUAUAUGGAGGAGUAUAUGGAGGGCUAUAUGGAGGGCUAUAUGGAGGAGUAUUUGGAGGGCUAUAUGGAGGGGUAUCUGGAGUGGUUUAUGGAGGUGUAUAUGGAGGGGUAUAUGGAGGGGUAUAUGGAGGGGUAUAUAGAGGGCUAUAUGGAGGGGUAUUUGGAGGUGUAUAUGGAGGGCUAUAUGGAGGAAUAUAUGGAGGGGUAUAUGGAGGUGUAUAUGGAGGGCUAUAUGGAGGGCUAUAUGGGGGGAUAUUUGCAGGGCUAUAUGGAGGGGUACAUGAAGGGCUAA